AUGGCUCAAACUUCUAACAAUGUAAAGGGAGUUGAUUUGCAUGAAGGAGAUUGCGACAAGGAAGGCUCCAUCAAGACCUGGAAAUAUACUGUUGAAGGAAGAGAGGAGACCUAUAAGGAAAAGAUUGAAGUAGAUGACCAGAAGAAAUCCGUAACUCUUGUUGGAUUGGAUGGAGAUGUGUUCAAGAAUUACAGGAACUGGAAGGCAACAUUUCAAGCCACUCCAAAGGAUGAGAAAAGCUGCGUGGUUAAACAUAUUCUGCAAUACGAGAAAUUGAAUGAGAAUGUUCCAGAGCCACAUGCGUACCUAGAUUUCAUGGUUAAAGUUACUCAAGACAUAGCAGCAUAUCUUGUCAAGCAGGCUUAGAAGAGCUCAAAUGACUACGUUUGUCGAUUUUACUAUGCAUAACUACUCUUUAUAAUGUGCAAUAAUUUACAAUAAUGUUUACUUAAAACCGACUAGUAAGCUGGUUUAAAUAAUGUGUGAGAUUAUGUGAGAGAUCUUGUGA